AGGUGCAAUUUAUUGUUUAAUAGAUGAAUAGCGAAUAUUUAGCCCGGUCUCUUUGGUUCCUCCGUUGCUGUGUCAUAUGCAAAUCGAGAUUUUGACAACCUGAUAUUCAACAAGGAUUCUAACCACUAUCACUCGAAUAUCAAUGAUCGGUAAAUAGCUUACUUUGCCCUAAGUUAUUAUCUGCUUUGUGCUGUUCUAUCAUGGCCGAAGGAGAGAAGGUGAAAGACAUAAGAAUGACGUAUGAGAAUGGCAAUGACGUCAGUACGGAUGACCGGCCCUCGCUUAUCCAAAGAAUCCGUCGCAUCUCGUCAUCCGGGGACUCCAGCUCGCUCAUCCAGCAGGAGUCUGGGUUUUUUGUAGACCAGUUGGAUGUGGAUAUUGGCGAAUCUGGCCAGCAGUGGCUGGUGCAACGGAAUACCGCGUUUGAUGCAACACAUCGCCACAAGUCACGAAUCGCGAGCGCUACCUCGAAUAUUGUUAUAGACGACGAGGACUUCGAGCACUUGCUACAUCAGGAGAGGGAAGAUACAUCGGCAGAUGAAUGGAAAUCGAUCAAAGCUUCACAAGGAAUCAGGACAUGGCGACGGGAUCCAAAGAAAAUGGAAACAACCCCUCUCACCAAGACUACAUUUGACCUUGAAGGCAUUCCUUUUGACGACGCUAUCCAACUCAUAUCAAACUUGGAACUACGAAAGAAGUGGGACAUGACAUUCCAGAAAGUUAUUAUUCUCGAAGACGGGGGAGAUGAGCAUAUAGUGUACUGCUGUCUGAGGAUGCCUCGGUUAUUCCGCAUGUGCGAUCUCGUCAUCUCUACAAAGAACAAAAGAUACCAUGGUGAUGAGCCAUGUCACGUGACCGCGUGGUGUAGCACCAGUCAUAGUAGUGUGUCAGAGGAAGCAACAGCGACACUCAAGAGGUUGAAUGUUCGUCUAUCGGGGCUUGUGAUAAGACCUAAGGACGAUGGCUCCCAGUCCUCCAAAGUCACACUUCUUACGCGAAUGAAAAUAACCGAGGCAACGUCUUGGCUCCUGAAGAGUACGUACCUUAAUGGCCACCCCGCACAAUGGAUCAAACAAUUACACGAAUAUUACAGGGAACACGGUAUAGAAAAAGUCAAAGAGACGGACCCCCUGAUGGAACAGAAUGAUGAUGAAGUGUUCUAAUGCAAACGAGGAAUCUUUCACAUUACUUCCAUUCAUGUGACAGGAGGUCUAGGAGGCGUUAUCAGUAUCUAGAAGAAUUUUAAAAAGAGAAUUGAAAAGUCUAACCGAUGAAUGGAUGAGAGGUGGCCACGCACAUUCGGAAACACCAUAUUAGGAAAACAAUGUAUCGAGCAAUAAAUUUUCCCGCCUAAUGGUUGUAGUUCCCGUAAAAUGGCGCGUUCGCCUGAUAACCAAAGCUUGUGAGUUCUCAGGAUUUUGGACACGUUUCAACAGUUUUGCUGGUUUCUGGUCUAGCUAUGUGCUUAUAUCAUUUGCCAUGUUUGGCCAUAGCGACGCCUGCCUAGAAACGCCUGCGGGGGAGGCUUGUUGUAGUGUAGUGUAUUGGCAGAUCUCGCGUCCCGCAUUAUCUAGUAUUUUUUAUUGGAUUAUUUAUCAUGUCACCUUUCUUCAAACUUUCAAUUCUAGAAUAUAAAUAUAUCCUUCGGCAUGAUAUUGUGGAAAAGAAUACUUUCGAUGUCUUAAUUCGGCCGAAACUCCAACAAUAUAUUUACGGUCUUGUCUAAGUUUCUUUGACUACUCAAAUGAUCACAUCAUCAUCACUAUCCAAAAAUUUUGGCGGUGUUGUGUUUAGUGUUUCAACUACCCCUCCCGAUUGUGUAUAGAAAGAAGCGUUUGGAUUAAAAUUUUAUUUUAUGCGUUAAAUCAUCAUAUUGUACAACAUUUAACAAAAUCUGUGACAUUGUUAUAAUAACACAAGCUAUAGUGUGUAAGAAGUUUUUAUAAUGUUGAUGUGUAAAUGGAUUUUAUCGUGGUUUUAACUAAUUAUCAUAGCAGAAAACCGCUCAGUUAAAUUUUUUUCUUAAAUUUGUAUAAAGUGUGAAAUAAAUGAAAAUAUCAGAAAUAUCAAUAAAUAUGAUUAAUAUUUUACUUCUAUCAAAUAAAUAAACUAUAUGCCCGUA